AUGGAUGAACACAACAGAAGAAUCAUUUCUUCUACAUUUAUAUUUUUAUGUGUGUUGAUCACAUGGAGCAUUGCUACUCCACAAGCUGAGGCACGAGCCUUUUUCGUUUUUGGUGAUUCACUUGUGGACAAUGGCAACAAUAACUACCUAGCCACCACAGCGCGUGCAGACGCAUAUCCUUAUGGCAUUGAUUCACCAGCUCAUAGAGCCUCUGGUCGUUUCUCCAAUGGCCUCAACAUUCCUGACCUUAUCAGUGAGAAAAUUGGCUCAGAACCCACAUUGCCAUAUUUGAGUCCAGAGCUUGAUGGCGAGAGGCUACUUGUUGGUGCCAACUUUGCUUCUGCUGGAAUUGGAAUUCUCAACGACACUGGAGUUCAGUUUAUAAAUAUAAUUCGAAUUAGGACCCAAUUGGAGUACUUUAAACAGUAUCAGCGGAGGGUAAGUGCGCUAAUAGGAGAAAACCAGGCUCAAAAUUUAGUGAAGCAAGCAUUGGUACUCAUAACCUUAGGUGGCAAUGAUUUUGUCAACAACUAUUACUUGGUUCCCUUCUCUGCCAGAUCUCGCCAAUUUGCUCUUCCAGACUACGUUGUCUUCCUCAUUUCUGAGUAUCGCAAAAUUCUUGAGAGUCUCUAUGAAUUAGGAGCACGACGGAUUAUGGUCACAGGCACGGGACCAUUAGGUUGUGUCCCAGCAGAAUUGGCAUUGCAUAGUAGAAACGGGGAAUGUGCUACGGAACUUCAAAGUGCUGUUAACUUGUUCAAUCCUCAACUUGUUCAACUAGUGAACCAGCUCAAUACUGAAAUUGGUUCUGAUGUCUUCAUUUAUGCUAAUGCCUUCGAAAUGCACUUGGAUUUCAUUGGUGAUCCACAAGCAUAUGGGUUUGUUACAUCAAAAGUAGCAUGCUGUGGUCAAGGAGCAUUCAAUGGAUUUGGACUCUGCACCCCAGCUUCUAACUUGUGUCCAAACAGGGAUCUAUAUGCAUUUUGGGACGGCUUCCAUCCAUCUGAGAGAGCAAAUAGAUUGAUUGUAGACAAAUUCAUGAUUGCAUCCACCGAAUACAUGCACCCAAUGAACCUUAGUACAAUUAUGGCUUUAGAUUCUAGGACCUAAUGCCUCAUUCUUAUGGGGUCAUCGUC